GCCUUCACUUCACAAGUGUUUACAUUUGAAUUGCAUUUCAAUUGUGUUUCGCCUUUGAGUCCCAAUUAUGGCCGCAAUCAAUGCAAUCAACGCUUGCCUUAAAAGUGGCCGCAAUUUGUUGGCCAGAAAUGAGUGUCGUUUAGCCGUGAUUGUCGGCCAACAGAUCCGUUUCCGACGCAAAGGUUUCAAAGAGCAAAAGAUUCGGUCCACACCUCAAGAGUUGCCAAUUGAUCCCGAGAUCGAGAGCCGCCGCGUAUCCAACAAGGAGUCAGUGGUGCCGUCAGAGUUGGCCGAUCUUCGGUUCGCUUUCCCCGAGUUUUUGCCCAAACCUGUGGUCAAACAUCGCGACCGACUCUGCGAACAACUUAUGCGCACUGAUCUGAUCCGUCGGCGGACUGUCAUCGAUAUUCCCGAGUUUUAUGUCGGAUCCAUACUAUCGGUGACCAUAAGUGAUCCGUACGCACCCGGAAAAGUGUCCAGAUUUGUGGGCAUUUGCAUCGAGAGGGCCGGACAGGGAACCGAUGCCAACUUUACGCUCCGCAACCGAGUGGACGGACAGGGAGUGGAGAUCCGGUACGACAUGUAUAACCCGACC